AAAGUACAGUACCUAUCGCGACAGGAUAACCAUGCACAGGAGGUACUACUAGUACUGUCAUUCUGUUCUCAUAGCUUGACCUUCGGAUUCAAUUCAUGGCAGCAUAAAAGCAGUCUAGGUAGGCAAUUCAUCUUGCGCGCAAGCAAGCACCAACCGCGACGUACUCUUCUCAGGAACCGCCCUCGUCCAAGCAGCAGCACCAGUAUCCUCACCGGCAGCCGCAGCUACAGCCGAAUCAAGACAUAGUCAACCUCAAGCCCAGAAAGACACAGAAAUGCCGCCAGCAGAGCCUACAAUACAAUCACAACCCCAAUUACCGCCGCCGGCAGCAGCGGACCAAACCGAGACGGGCAACGAAGAAGAAGAAGCAGACCCCGGCCCCGACCCAGAACCGGGGCCCACCACCGAACAAGAGAAGCAAACACCCGCCGCCGCCGCCGCCGCCACUCCCGUCGUCCCCGGCCCGCGGGCAACCCGUCUGCAGCAGCUCUUUGCCAGCGUGGCCAAGCGCACCCUCGACAAGAUCGACGCCGACAACUUUGGCGCAUGCUUCCCCACGAUCCGGGACAAGGCGCCGCGGACGCUGGAGGCGGUGCAGCGGCAGAUGGUGGAGCGGUUGGGUAGUUUAUGGAACAAAGAAUUCGACGCGAUACUCGCCAACCGGCAGGUUGUUGCUCGGCUGAACGAGCUGGAGGACUUGGUUGCGGACGCAGCCAGGCGGAGGCGGGAGGCCGGGGGUGAGAGCGGCGAGCCGCCUGUUGCUCCCCAUACCCUCCCGGCAGACACCAUUCUCGACGCACACCUCCAACCGCACCUUGCCUCACAUCGGUCCCAGCUCAAUGCAAAGCUACAAAACAUGCAAGCGGCGAAUGCGAAGCUCUAUGAAGAGAUACAAGCACAACGGGCCGAGAUAGAGACGCUCUUGAAGGGUGUGGAGAAGAUGCUUGCCGACGUGGAUGGGGCGAACGGGUUACUAGGGGAAGUCGUAGAGGAACUCGCUGUCGAGACGAGGGCCGCUGACAGCGAAUUAGAGAGUGCUAGGUCUGCUAUGGCUGGGAGGUGAUGUUGCUGGGUUCGAUGACAAGGCAUGAUAUCGGCGUUAGGGGCUACAUUGGGACGGCGUUGGGGGCAAGUGUGACAGGUGAUCAGCGGGUUUGACUCUCAAUUCAAAGGUGGAUCAACGGUGUGGGCAUAAACAACCCAACCCAUCUGCGUGUUUCACAUGUACAUUACAUGCCCGUGGUAUUAUAUACUGCGUGCUGGACUACACCAAAAGUCCUGAUUGCAAUCUUC